CAGCUUUCAGUGGAGGAAUGCUUGUAAGCGAGAGACACUUACACAGAUUUAGCUGUUGUGAUGCUCACUUGAUAGAGCUGCAGACACAUUUGGAUUACUGUCGGAUUUUACGGGACUUUUCGCCGAUAAUGUGUGUAUUUAUAUUUUUUGGUUUAGAGUAACAAUAGCUUUUUAGAGUGCUUUUUGAUCGUAGAUGAUAGAUGUACAGUAGGCUUUGAAAUGUGUUGCUGUCAGUCACUCCUCUGUUUUUACACAGGUUAAUCUCACACUCCUGUCCUGCUUUAUGUUAAUUAUAGUAUAAUGUCGAUGGCUACAUUUAAAUGGAGCUUAUCAUAGUUAAAUAUUUCAAUAAGUAUCAGGAUAUCUUUAUAUUUUUCCAGUUUAGCAGCUUAAAUGUUGAAUUAUCCUACUUUAUGCAGUUUUUAAGUUCAAACUUAAAAACACCAACUUAACAUUGACUGUAAAUCCAAACAGAACAGAUGCCCUAAAAGCUUUAUGGAAAACUUAUAAGCAAUUAAAGUAUCCCACUAAUACUUUUAGCAGUAAAUAAGGAAAUAUGUCUUCUUUUCAUUCACGUAUUACAGCAAGGGUGUGACUGUUUACUCAAAAACGAACAUUUGUAUUUUGUAUUUGAGCAGCAUGGUUUUUGAUAGGAGAACAGAAAGCUGUUUUUAUAAUGAGAUGGAAAUUAAAUAAAGCUUUAUUCACUGAACCUAAUACAAAGAGAAAGAAAAAGGUGUCAAAACAACUCACUGUAUCUUGUAUAUGGGAACUGGAACCUAUUUUUCUUACAUGACAGAUGAUCUAUGAAGCAGCUGAUCAAUACUUGCUCAUGAUGACAGCUCACAUGUCUGAAAAUGUGAUGGAUAUUAUUUGUUUACUUUUGGCUUAAUGCUAUAUUUACUUUCUAGGCUUGCAUUUGCAAACAUGUGGCUACAUCUCACCUCUCAGGUCAUAUGAGACCUGCUCUGGCUGUCAAAUAUUAGCAGACACUGACUGAAUGAAUUAACAGAAAUGUUGUCAGAUUUGAAUAAUAGAAAAAAACAUUUUUACAGUUAAUAUAUCUUACUCCCCUUUUUAUUUCAGCUAUGUGAACAUAUGGAAAAUCCUGAGCAGUUUUGUAUUUGCUUAUGUUGCAAAAGAUUUGUCAAACACCUGACUAAGGUAUCCAUUUUUAUUCUGGAUCCCUAGAUUGAGCCAUCACUGCCAUCAUGCCCGGCGAGGACAAACCACAACAACAGACCCGCCAAAGGAAAAAGAAAAAGUCCCGCUCCAAGGGGAAAGGUCAGGGUGGGAGCCCCAGCGGACACCUUGGAAGCGGCGUAGACAGCCAGGAUGACCUCCUGUUACCACCUGUGCCCCAGCCUCCUCCCAAGAAGCCAGCAGUGGAGGAGAGACCUAAAGUGCCUGUGCAGAAAGUUGAGGAAGAGUCAUCCAUUGCUAUCUGUCUCCAGGUGCUUUUCCCCUACCUGCUGGCUGGGAUGGGAAUGGUGAUGGCUGGCAUGGUGCUGGACAGUGUUCAGGUAAGUGCACAGUCAUCAGGUGGCUAGACAGAGGAAUGAUGAUCUGUUACCGUUAGUAUUUUUUUUUUUUUUCCCGGUAUAUCAUAUUUGAGAGUUUGAGUUGGUCUGGCAAUUGGAUAAACAUACUGGUCAGUUUCCUCCAGUUGUUCCUGAAAUUUUGUUCUUUAGAUGACCUAAGUUUAUGCAAAGCUCCCUUCUCUUGUUGUUUAAUACAGUGUACUGCAAAUUUAAUGGAAGUGAGCAGCUGUUAGUUUGGGAAAAAAUAAACAACUAGUUGUUGUAAUUGCUUUUAAAAUUCAAUGAAUUAACCUUAUACAGACAUGAAUUUAGCCUUUCUUUUUAAAAGUAAAAAGUUAGGAGGACAUGUCCUUGCAAUUAAAACAUGUAACUAAAAUGACUCCACUCUGUAUUUUGGAUGGUAGAAACAUUGUGUCAGCACACUUGACAUAGUGUCCACACUCUGGAUUAUUUUAUCGCAGUUGUCACAUGUUUAAUUUACACUGCUUAAAUAAAAACUCAACAUAUCUAAGUAUGGUAUAAUGCUUUCCUUAGCUAAAAGGGCGCGACAGGAUCUAAAUCUGAUCUGUCGAUGUCUCAUCUCUCCCUAUCAGGAUUCAAUUUUGCGUAACCAACUAUAUCUAUAUAUCCGUCGUGCUAGCUGGCUGCUGAUGGACAUUAUAUUUAUAUAAUCCAAAUAUCACUGAUUUGUUUUUUUGCUCCAUUUACCAAAAACAGUUCUUACCAAGUUGCGGAGGUUGAGUACACUUUAUAUUAAAUACAUUUAAAGGACUUCAACAAACAGAAAAGGCAAAAUCAGGACUUUGUUAAUAAGAAAAGGCAAAAUUGUAGGUGUACAAUAACUUAUACUUAACUUAACAAAUUAUAACUGUUUUUAAUGGUUUUGACUAUCAGAAUCAAGAGUAUGUUGCAGCAGGGUGAGACGUCAUAAAGCCAGGUAAUAUUUGCCUUGAUUUAUUGUUCAAGGUUUGCAUGAGAGUUGAUUAACUAUACAUGCAGUAGAAUGCAGAGGAUGAACUCCACCUGCACUUUCUUUAUAUUUGUCCUUAAACUUUGGAAGGUAAGUUUCUAGUAAUAAAAUGUUUGCAGUUUCUUGACACAUGCUGCCCCCUGUAAAACUACUCUUCCUGUGAUACUCUCGAGCCCUCUAUAAUGUUAAUAUGUAAAUGUUUCUGCUCGGCAGCCAGUGUCUGUCCUGAUUACCUGAUCUGGAGCUGGUACCCGUGUGUGUGUGUGUGUGUGUGGUCCUGGUGUGUCGUCAUCCUCUGCAGGCAUCUCUGGCAUUCAUUCUGUACCCAGCUGUGUUUGAGGGAAAUCAGACACACUCCUGCUUGCUUUGUGAUAGGCUGUUCCCUCUUUCUUCCUGUUGUGUCAUCCUCUGAUAAACAAGCCGGUGUUUCCUCAUAUGGCUCAUUCGCCUCCUUCCAUCUGUUGCUCAUCAGUAUUUCUCACACUGUCUCCUCUACACUGUCUGUUUAUCUCCAGUCUGAUGGAGGACAAUUAGUCAUGAUGAGCUUGGCCGCUUGCUGUGUCCCUGAGUGGAAGGGACGUAGAAGGACAUUAUGAGCAGUAUAUCCGACUGAGCAGAAACACCACACAUCAGCAUUUAGGAUCAUUUAUGCAGUUUGUGGUGGUUGCAGAUCUCUGAAUCACCUCUCAUAAGGCUGAUGACGUGCUGUAUACGCCCCCUUCUUGAUGUGGUUUGGCGAAACUUUAUCCAGGCAUUGAUUAGAUUUACCCACCUUGGGCAGCGUGGGGCUCAGUUAUGCUGAUAAAUUGUCUGACGCCUCCAAAACAUUUGUUCUCUGGUUUAAAAUAGGCGGGGUUUAAAAUGGGUUUGUGAUGCUUUGGUGUAAAACUUAAGUUUCAGUAGUCGGUUUAGCCUCUCUCAGACUUGACAUCUCUCAGAUUGACGGGGCGUAAAUUCGUUAUGGGUGAUAUAAUCCUACACACAGCUGAACAGUGUGGAGGUGUGUUGGUUGGCAUCACUAAUUAUUGUUAUUAUGCAGUUUGAAUAUAAGAGUUUCUUUUUCUCAUGGCAACAAAUGGUAUCACCCACAUGAAUGGCUUAAUAUUAAGAAUUUGUGUUUUACCAAAAUCACUGAGCAUUCAGUGGUUUUGUUAAACACAGUCUAACAUCACUAAGCUCGGGUAUAGUCUGGUCUGGAGAGAUGGAGCUUAAAAAUGAUCAAUUCAGGAAACCUUACUUGAAUAAAUGUAGGCCUAUUGGUUUAUGGGAGAUUAAAGGCAUGGUUGACAAUCUGAGAAGCAGUUGAAAAAAAAUGAGCCAUUGAGGCAGAUUUGAAAAAAGCGUCCCACCCCCCCCACACAAACCUCUCCCCUCUGUGCGCCAUGAUAACUUCCCCCCGAGCCUGUACCGCCCUCCCCACGACACACCCCCUCUGGCAGAGCAAAAAGCCGGCUGGCAAAAGAUCCUACGCUAGCUUCAAAUGGGAUUCACCAUGUAAGAUGUUGGAAAAAGAAUGAUUUUAGUAUUCAGGUGAGUAAACGCCAGCACUGCUAGCAAGCACCAUCUGCAGCUGCCUGGACGGCUAGUGUGUUGACAUCCCAGAGACUAAUAAGAGUUAUUUAUGUAACAUGUGUCACCACAAACGGCAAUAAAAAUUACCUGUUCAACAAAAACUCUGAAAGGUGUUUUAUCACUUUGAUGUUCUUUGGUAAUGUAAAGUCUACGUCACUGCCAAACUGAAGUAGCAAAAGCAAACUCAAUCAACAACCCAGACUGAUUGAAUAAGCCAGAGUCAACAUUUUAUAUACUCAGAUCAACAGUGUGACAUUGGUUGGAACGGCUUUGAAUUAAAAAUAUGUCUGACCCCUUGAGCUGAAAGAAAAACUGCUAUAUGGUGAUGAAACACAGCACAGCAAGAGAGAGAGCUGAGGGCAGGAAGCAAUCGCAGUGGUCCUUGGUCAUGCCUUUCAUUUAAAGCAUGAAUGGUUUAGGAGAUUCAAAGUGAGCUAAAAAAAAAACUGAUAACGGUGCAGGAUUGCUAAAGACUUAUACCACAGUUUGGUUACCUUGUUCAAAAGAAAGGAAGAUGUUAAUGAGAGAUGUAUCACAGGAUCUCUCUUGUCUUAAUGAGACACUGAGGUGUUUUAGGGUUCAGCUGCUGGAUUGGACAUUGAUGAUGUUUUGUAGUUUUAGGAGGAAGUGCUGUUGUAACUAAAUGUGUGCUGCACUCAUUGUAUCAUGUGAUAUUGUAUUGUAUUAUGUCCUGUUGUAUCCUCCUAUGUCAUUGCAUCAUAACCCAUACUCUCAUAUUGCGUGUUAUUGUACUGUACCUUAUCUUGUAUCUGUAUUAUAUCGUAUUGUCUCGUCUUAUCCUAUUGUAUUCUAUCACAUGUGGUGUUACAUUAGAUUGUACCUAAAUAUCGUAUCUUACAGGAUCGUAUAACAUCCCACUAUAUCAUAAACAUGUCAUAUCCCAUUGUAACAUAUCCUGCUUGGAUGUAUGGUAUUGACAGUGGUGUUUCCUAUUGUAUUGAUUCAUACCCUUUUGUGUUGCAUUAGAUUUUUGUUUUGGAAAGCAUUUUUUAUGAAGGUGUUUGUUAUCAGCAUUAGUUAACAGCCAAUAACCUAGUUAUAAGAUAUUAAAAGAUGUUUAUUAGCCUUAAUAAGUGUUAAUAAAUGUUAAUAAAAACAUAAUGAAAGCAUUUAUUAUAGCUUAUAGACCCUCAUAAGAAACUUUUAAGAGUUUAUAUACCUGUCAUAUCUAUAGGAUGUUUAUUAAAAUUGAAUUAUCUUUAUAAGGAUGAAUUACACUUCAGUAAAUACAUUUAGUAUGAGCUUGUUCUCACUAAAGCUGGUGAAGCUGCUGUUAGACUUAAGAAGUGCAAAAUAAAGGAUUUAUUGAUCCUUCCAAGGCAUGAAAUGCAACCAUGUGAAAAAAAUAUUGGAUUCAAUUCAAAAGUGGCCUUUAAACAUCAAGAUUAAGUGGGUGCUUACAAGUAAUCUUCUCAGCAGUGAUAAAUGUUAGGUAUAGUUAUAAUAAAUUCUCUUAACACAUAUAAAACCUUGCUGCUUAUAAACAUUAAUGACUUAAUGUAAGUGGCUUAUCAACCAUUAAUACUUAUCAACUGGUAAUACUUCAUAUUACCUUCAUAUUAACUGUUAGGUUACUUUGUAUUGUGUCAUAAUGUAUGUAUUGCAUUGUAGUAUCAUCAAAUAUGAAUCAUUUUGAAACAGUCCUUCUCCCCUGAAUCAAAUGACUGUGUAGGUAAUGAUGAGAAAAAGAAAGUCCCCCCUGUAUUCUCUUAUAUUUACUUUAGUGCUGCCCCUACAAAGCACAAGAACAGGGUGAUUAAGUGAUUUGUAGAUUCUCGUGACCCAAAAGCCGCUCUGGAAUCAAUAUUUUAGUCCAUGAAAGCUACAUGAGGGAAACAGCAGCAGGGCCUCUGACAGGAUCACAGUGCAGAAUAGCAGGUGGACUGAAGAUAGAGAAGGAUGCAACGGUCAGAGAGAAAGAAUGAGUCAUGAUUUAGAGAGAGAGGGAGAUUAGAAAAGAGGGAUGCAGGACAGGCCGACGUAGCAAAAAAGAUGUCACAUGGAAAGAGGGAGGAAGGAUGAGAGGAAGACACGCAGCAAAGAAUAGCGAGAAGGAGGGAGAGAGUGAAGUGGUAAGCUGGUCGUUUCCUCUCAUGAGUCUGCAUGUCGGGCAGCGCAGACAGCCCUGCCUCUUUCUCUGCUACGUCACAGCAGAGCAGAGCGGAGGAAGCAGGACUACCCUGAUGCUGACAGGAAGAGAGAAGCACUCCAGAAGCCGGCUGCUGCGUCUUUAGAGGACCUUUUCACAUCACUUAUUGACACUACGGAGCUCUUUCUUUUCCUCCGUAGUGUCAUUGCAGCCCUGCUGAAGGAAAGGAGCUGUACUGAGAAAGACAUGGAGGGAUUCUGCUGCUAAUUUCAGAGACCUUUUGGACUAUUUGUCAUCUUCUUGCUGUUGUCAGUCACUCGUGACAAUCACUGACUUUGAUUUGAAGAAAACAGCUCAGAGUUUGUUUGUGAAAGGUCAUGUUGAUUUCAGACUGGAUUAAAUGGAUUGAGGACCAGAUUGAACAAACUCCAUUUGAAAUACUCUUAACUCCAAACCGUGGAUUCUGGAGCAGAUUAAACAAAGUUGGACCAGGACUUGAACUUCUUGAAGUUGGAACUCUCCACUGUCAAGUUUAAUUUCUCUGCUCUGUGUGGAUGUCAAAACUGGCAGGUUAAAGACAAAGUAGUCUGACUUUGAUCGCAGAUGUGGAACAAUCUUGCUGGUAAAGAUCACUGUGCGCUGACUAAGACGUGGUGUUAAUGACUUUGUUCCCCAGUGAUGCUGACAAAUGGGUACUUCAUUCCUGCUGACUCAUUACUGGGCCAAAGAUGCCACACGCUUCCCCCCCAACAACUUUGGUUUAGAGUCGUGAAUUAUGAUUGUGCCAGUGAGGAAACUUGGAUAAAUUGGACAACUACUCCCUUAUUACACCUUGUUUUACACUCGGAUCAUUUUAAGACCCGGCAGUAGCUUCCUGUUUAGUGUUAACACUGAUCAGAGACAUAAUUUGUUAUCCUUUGAGAGAGCAGCAUUUAUCCAUUCAAGGCUUGAAUUCUCAAGAAUAGCUGUGUAGCUGUGUUGCAGCAGGAAAAGUUUCCUCCAUAUACUGGGUUUAACAAAACUGUCAACUUCUUCAGAGAAGCAAGACUCAAACCGGUCUUAUGUGGACAAAUCAGAAGUGGAUUUUGAUUUACAUUUGGAUUAAAGUUCAGCCAGUAAUGGGAUAACUACACCUUGAAGCACUCUUUCAUCAUGGUGGUGACUCGUCUGGAGGUGGAGCUCCGCUACCAGGGCAAGAAGUUACGCGGCGUGACGUGGAAGUUGACCCGAUCCGAACAUGGUUUCCUUCCAGAGAGCUCUUGGCUCAUUGCAGCCCAGGUUAUGGUGCCAUACCUUGUGUCUGGGCUUGGGAUGGUCUCUGCUGGCAUUGUUAUGGAUCUUAUACAAGUAUGCAAUUUAAUGGGUUUGAAUUCUUCCUGACAUGUUUACUGUUUGUGUACAAUAAUAAGUAUCUGUGAGAUUAUAGCUAUAAAAACUUCUACAAAUCAAACUAGUUCACAAACAAGUCUUAAACAAAUAGAAAAAAGGUAAAUAAUGUUAAAUCUGUCAUUAACUAAUCAUUGAUGAAAACACACAAAUUAAUUGUUUUACCUCUAAGUUUUACUGAUUUGUUUUCCAUGGCAACAAAACAGAUCAGAAAGAGAAGAGAAAAAAUCAUUUGACUCUCUGAAUUUGAACAUGUGGAGCAGUCAUAUAAAAAUAGUCUCAGUGGACAUAAAGUCAUUAGAGUGAUAGCCUGGUGUUGCCAAACCCAUCAUGUCUGAUAGGUCCAUUUUAUUUGCUAUGGUAACAACGACCAUUGGCUAGAAAGAUACGCUUCUUCAAAUACAUCCUCUGUCUUUGUUGUUUCUGUUACCAUGCGAUUCUUUACAUCCUGUCUAGGGCACUUUCGUAUGUUAAUCAAUCAAUCAGUCAAUUUUUAUUAAACAUAGUGCCAAGUGUUAUCCCAAGACUUUAAACAAUGAAAGCAGGUCUGGAGCAUCCCCUAUUUACAAAGAUGCGAUGCAUAGAUGGGAUCAGACUGAGCCCUAUCCUGUCUUCAACCACAUGAGUGUAGCACUUCACAGCUUUUAGUAAGUUACAGCGGAGAGGAAGGACUUUCUUUAACAGGCAGAAACCUCAAGCAGAACCAGACUCAUGUUAGACAGUCAUCUGCCGCUACUGCAUUGGGUUUAGAGAAGGGAGAGAGGGAGAUGGAGAAAGAGAGAGAGAUGGACAUAGAUUAGUUUGAUGUAUGUAGUUAAAGCAGCUGGAGAGCUGGCAGGAAAACAUCGAUCCAGAGAAACCUACAGCAUGAUGGAGCUCAGGGACUUCCAGAAAAGACUGUGUAUUAGUGACUCUAAGAGGCAUGCAGAGUUAAUGACACAGACAGAAAGUGAAUGAAGAAAGUGGGAAAUAUGCUCAUUGAGCCAGGACCUCUCAGCAGUCUAAACCUAUAGCAGCCUAUCUGAGAGCUGGCCCAGACCUAAGCUAGGUCUAAAUAUGAGCUCUAUCAAAGAGGGGCAUUUCAAGAAUACUCUCAAAGGCAAAGAGGAUGUCAGCCUCAGAGGAGGGGGACUUAAGGUACGAUGAGCAGGCCUGCAUAUUGGAACCACAGUGUUCUGGUGUGGUAAUUGGAAACUAUGAGCUGCAAGUUCUGAGACAGGAUGUGUCUGACUUGUAUGUGACAAUUGCUAACGCCCCCUGCAAAAAUGGAAUGAAAUGAGCUUUUCCAGACUUAUUCACCAAGGCAAAUUGGUUUGGCGAUAUCAGGCUAGUAGACAGAGGCUCAAAUUACAGUCUGUGGAUUUCCUGCAACAAGAGGACGAAACAGAAACAAUUUUUCAGUGUCAAGUUUGCUGCCUGUUCUGGGAAAAACAAGCAUGUCUGAAUGGUUGGGGGCCAGUGGGGAGAAAAUGCAUGGUUUGUAGGCACUAAUGUUGGUGGUAUGCAGAGAUAUUGGUGUGUCAGUCUGGGAAAUCCUUCUCUGCAUGACCUUCCACUAUUCUGAUGGCUCUGUAUAGGUAGGAUAAUGCCCUAUAGAAAAGUUAUCAAUCUCCAUGUCUUUGUCCAUACCAUGCACAAAUGCAUACAAAGCACCAUUAAUGUUUGAAUUGGUGACUGACGUUACAGUGAUUUUUUGCAGAGCUGAAAUACGGAGGGUAGUGUUGUAUGAAUGGAUGCAAACACGAAAAGUAACUACUAGAUUCAAAGAAAUCCUGUUUCCCAGAUGAUUGCCCUGUUCAGGAGAUGACGCUUGUGCAACAUCCACCUUCCUGGGUACUGUGAAUUAGAUUUAGAUGUGGGAGGGAGAGGAGUGCUUUGGGAUAAAAGCGAAUGGUUAAUUCAAUAAGUGGUUGGAGGAUGAAAGGAAGGAGGCCUGUGAGGAGAGGCAAAAAAAAAGUUUGAUAUCUUGGUAUCAAAUAGAAGAAAAGGAGCCACUGCAUAAAAAAGAGCUGCAGUCUAUGAAAGGCUGCAUUGUUUGAACCAGUAUUUUCUGCAUUACUGUUCGCUCUGUGUGCAGGUGGAACUGUUCUGGAAAUGACUGAGUGCACAUACUGUUUAAACACAGACACAGUUUACAGUUAGGUCCUGAUCUUAAUGAACGUAACAACAGAGCGAUUGUAAACUUUCUCCUGAGGUGUCAGAGGAGCUCAGUGUUGAAUCUGUGCCUGGUUCUCAGUCAGGAGCAGCAGUAUUACAGCAGAAGUGGGCCAUGUCCCAAGAUAACCUCCCUAACUUGACAGCCGUCAGCCAGACCUAGCAGUCCAGAACCCGAGAACCAUGUUUAUUAAUAGAUGCACAUACUCACAAAGCCACAAAAAGCAUGUGUGAUACUACUUCUCUGGACAUUUCCUACUCCCUUCACGACCUUGUUUGGCCCCAUAGAGGUUCCUCGCCUGCUACUUUGGUGUGAGCGAUAAAGCAAAACAGCAGUGACACAGUCACCUCUGAUUUAACAACUGGCACAGAUAAUUUGACAGUUUAAGAAGACAGCCUUAUGUAAAACAAAAUGAUUUGAUACUGCUCUUGUUAUUUCUAGUGAGUUUUAGAAAUGUUCCAAACUAUUGCACAACUUAGAAUUGUACAUUUAACAUACAUAUCCUCUGUUUGAUCAUUUUAGGUUUUGCAAACACACAGAAUCAGAUAAACUCAAUAUUUAAAUUUGUAGUCACUUGCUUUUUUCUUGUACUUGACAUUUUAUGGUGGCCAUCUGGCUAGCAUGCUAUUUGGCCUUGCACUUGUUUUUUUUUUUUCAUUUUCUCCACCUCAGAACACCUUUACAAAAAGGAGACAUGCUAUUUGCAGUGCGUCUCUGAACUAGAUGCUUUCUGCUGCUUGUUUCUCGCUAAAUUUAUCUUAUCUUUGUAUUCCUCAGAUUUAAAGCAAGCGGAAGCCUCUGGUGUUGUAAUAUGAAGCUGUGAAAUUCCUGUAGUGUCCACUUGAGGCUGGCUUCUAAAGCCCAUAAAACCCCUCAAAUAUUAUUUAAAGCAGAAUUAAAUAUGCUACUAUGGUUGUCCCUUUUAUUAAAAUUCAAGUUUUAACAAAUAUAGAACAAAACUUUCUAACCUUGAGAUUUCUUAUAUAGAUAGAUAUGUCUGAGAAGGGCCAGUUUGUAAUUUCAUUCUCUCAUCAUUGUUGAGCUCAUUAUCUCUUCUAAAUGUGUGGCCUUAUGUGUUAUAAAAUGCAAAAAAAAAAAUGUUUUCAUUCUUAGCUGCCUUUUUUUUUUUUGACAGAGUUAUGUUUUAAUAUUGGAAAAAUAAGUAGGUUGGAAGUUGAAAUGUAAUUUAAGUCUGUUUCACAACCAGAUAAAAACUCCUUAAAGGAGCUUUAAUCACCUCACUCAAAGACAUGAAGAAGCUUUUACAUUAUUUUCCAUGCGGUUCUAAAGGCUCUGUGAAAUCGAAUAAAAUAAUAAUUUGAAACAAUCUAUAAAAUCUUCAUUAGUAGUGAGUGAAACAAACUGAUUUAAACUGGCCUCUCAUUGUCAUCCACAGUGACCCCCUUUAGUGUAUAAGCUAAGACUUUAACGCUUCUGUGAGGAAUUUUCUACUGGUGUUGGUGCCCCCUAUGGACAAAGUGGUAACUCUUACAUAGAAACCUGCUUUGUCUCGUCUGUGUGAGUGUGGAGUUGUUGCCUAAAUAUCUUCUCCUUUUGUUCGUUUGUAAUGAAAGUCAUCACUCACUGUGAAUAUCCACGAUGGGGAAAGUAACAAAGGCUGUUUGUUUCUUGAGAGUACUUCCCCCCCUCACAGCAAUAGCAGACAUUUAAAAUGACUGUAUAGAGAGGAUCAAUCGCACUAUCGAUGGUCUUAUCAUUGAGAUGUGUUCCUGUUCAUUUCAGUCUGAUUCAUAAUCAAUCAAAACAUCCUCACUCAGGUUUAAAGUGGUAACUGCAGAUGCUAGAAAGUGAUGAAACAAGCGCUGAUCGCUCACUUUGCUCAGUGGCCUUAGAGCUUUUCGAAAUGAACUCUGAAAAAAACAACAUUUAUAUCACAGUGUUUGUUUUAAACUCUCAUCUCUGCACUGACAGAUGAAGUUAUCCACAUUACUUUGAGGGCUUUCAUAACAGAACCCAAACACUUGCUCUUUCUCUGUGGUGCCCUUUAAAAAAUAUAUUCUCUAUGCAGUUGCAUAAGGCAUUUUUUAUGCAUUCUUGGCUGAGCAGAUGAGUCCAGGAGCAUAUCAAACUGGAGGUACCUUUGUACGAUCCUUUUGUGAGGUAUUGCAAAUGAAGCUGCAGAAAUGAAUCCUGUCAUGGUCAUAGGACUCCGGACUGGAAAAAUAAAGUCACUGUCUGGUUUUGGCUUUCACACUUUAUGCAUUGAGCUGGCUGAACAAGUAGGACUGCAGCUCAACCCUCAAAACAACCCCUAAUGUUGAAUUAUUAUGAGGCAUUAUCUUAAAUGAGCACGUCCUGCUCAGUGGCUCUAGUUUAAAGCAUCUCAAAUAUUCAUGUAUGUUUCCUAAAUGUCAAUUUCUUUCAAACUAUUUCCUAUCAAACUCUUUUUCCUUCCUCCUCUCCUCAGUUAUCCCUCCAUCUCCAGCCUGCUCUGUCAGUCCCUCCUCUCAUCUUUAAUUCCCUCUCUACCUUCUGCUGCUCCACAUCACUCCACUUUUGGCAGCUGCCUCGUUCUUUUUUUUCUUCUUUUUUUAUACGUGCAUCUAUUUAAAGAUCUAAACCGUCUCAGGCCUGCCAACCGGAGUUGUAGUCAGAAAAUGUGAUGCAGACUCCGUGAACUGUACAUCUCGUAAACCCGCUGAACCUGCGAGGUAUGGCGUGGCUUUAGAUGAUGCUCAGAGAUGUGGAAGCAGGAAAAGUAGGCUACUGGGUUAGUCGAGAAUAUGUGAUGUGCUUAUUUAAGUGCAUCAGUCAGGGACGAGGUGCAGAGAGUUCAUCUGUGCAGGUGAAGACGGCACUGCAGGGUUUAAUUAAGUCAGUGUUGUGGCUGAGGGACUUGUCGUAUUUAAGUGUUUUUGUGAAGUUGUCAUUAUUCUGAUUGUGUGUCUUUCAGCACUGGGAGGUGUUUAAAGUGAUCACAGAGGUGUUCAUCCUGGUACCUGCUCUGGUUGGACUCAAAGGAAACCUGGAGAUGACCCUGGCUGCCCGCCUCUCCACCGCUGUAAGAUCUUAUUUUAACUUCUCCCUGAUUUUAAUGUUUAAUGCCGACCUUUAAAGGCUUUUAAUCCACCUCUGUUUGUUGAAUUAAAUGAUUUGUAGUUGCUUUCAUGCCAUACCAUAUCAUCAAAAAUGGAUGUCUCAGAUCUCAGAGGUCACGUCAGAACCGGACGCAGUAAUGUGCUUCAACUGCUUAAUGGUUUCUGAGAGUGAUAUAAGACAUUAGCAUGUGUAAUGCAACAUGUUAAAUUAUUCAGAAUCACAUUAAGACGUUACCAUGGCACUUUGUUGUGUGCAGAUAAGAAAACACCUUUGCAGUUAAAUCUCUAUCCUGGGUGUGUUUUUUCACAGUUUGUGUGCCUUUGGGUCGAGCUGACAUCCUUUAUGACACAGUGACAUUUUUAAUAUUGAUCCAGCGGGGUAAGACGGCACACAGGCAGGCGGAUCAGAGAGAUCUGAAAAACAAACCCUGGCAACUCCCCAUUGAUCGACCCCUGCAUGUUAUGAUGACAGUGUUCCCCUGAAUUUGCUCUGGAGUUACCUUACAAAGAGAAGAUCCUGGAGUAGGCAAACAACCACUGUGAAAUAAGAUCUGCAGGGAUGUGAGGAUAUGAAUUACUCCUGAUAUGGUAAAACUGCAAUUAAAAAGAUGUGUUUAUUGGCAUAUUAAAAAUAAAUGAAGAUGUGCUCUGAGUAGCUUAAAAGUGCAUCCAUCAGUGGUGAAGGGUUGCUAAUCGGUUGCAAUUUAUAACCUGAACUUCUUAUGCAAACCCCGGGUUAUAAGAUAAAGUGCAGUUCUUAUAGGAUCUUUACAGGUUCUGUCUUGCCUGUCCUGAGUUUUUGAACAAUAGGCUGCAGUAUUCAAUCUCAUUUUGUCAGUGGGAAAUUUUUUAAGUAUUUCUGUUACAAAUGACAGAAAACUAAUUUCCCUUCAACUUGUAAUACCGGCUGGUGUUGUGUUCAUGCUUUCAGGCCAACACGGGCCAAAUGGACGAUCCUGAUAAACAGUGGACCAUGGUGUGCAGCAAUUUGGCACUUAUACAGGUAACAUCUACGCUGUUAACUAAUUCAACUUAAUGGAACUACCGUUAAAACAUCCAGAACAAUAUUUUUUCAUCGUUUCGUCUUCUGUAUUUCCUCCCCCUGCAGGUUCAGGCGACAGUGGUGGGCUUCCUCGCUGCUGUGGCAGCUGUGUGUUUAGGGGCCAUUUCUCGAGGAGGGGUUGAACUGGACCAGGCGGCUGUUCUCUGUGCCAGCAGCAUCACCACUGCGUUUGUAGCUGCUCUUUCAUUAGGUAAGUCAUGUGUCAUUCGCUCAGUAUUUCCAACAGGAGUUAAAUAUAAUGUCUGAACAAUCUUUACUGUUUGUUUGGCUCAAUUUAUUACAAUUUUACUAAAUUUAUGACAUUUUUUUUAACAUGAAAUGUUGAUAAAAAUUGACCAAAAAUGUUCCUGUUGGUAUGAUUUAUUAUAUUGUUUUGCCUUUGUUUUAGUAGUUGUGAACUUCUGUGUGUAGUUUUGUUGCAGCCCGAUAUUGACCUGGUUUUACUUUUACAUAAUUAACCAUUUUUUUGUGCAGAACUGUGUGUAGCUCCUCUGACUGACUCUGACUGAUUAAGAACCAACCCAGCUGUUUCAUAGUCUUAAUAACACCCUGGAUACUGAGACCGUCCCAAAGGCAGACAGUAAAGAGGAGGAGGAGACUCACAUCUCAAUUGUGGAGACCAACGUGCUUAACCUCUGUUCCUUUAUUACCGUCCUGUACAAUGAAUAAAAAAAGAGGAGGGGCUCGAGUGCUUGAGAUGCAUCUUGAAUUAAAGCCUCCAUAACUAAAGCAGAACUUGCAUUUCUUGCGUAAGCUUUGAUUUGCACGGGAGUCUUGAAGUGUUCAGCAUUUGGAAACACUCCAAAAAAAUGACAUCAGAGGGUAAUACGAUCUGAGCUUGUUAAGAGCUUUACAAGGAAAGGGAUGUGAAAAUCAUUUCCAUACAUUAACGGAACUCUGAGGAGAGAGCAGCUCAGGAUUGAUGUACUCUCUCCUCCUGGUUCUGGUUAACAGUCUAGCUGAAAGUCUUCUCUAAAACUUGAGCUAGUCGUAUAAUAGUCUAGCUUUUUACUUUGUCCAAGAGGUUAUUAAAGUAUAUUUUCCCCUGACUGAGCGAUAAUGGAUUGGUAACAUAGAUCAAAAUCUGAAAUCAAAUGAGUAUUUCUCAUCUUAGAUUACUAAACAGCAUUUUUAUCUUUGAUUCUGAGCCAACCUGAUCUUCAUUUGCCUUUUACUUUAAAGACCCUCAAUCUCUUUGUCAAGAGAGUGCGAUAAGGAGACAGACACCUAUUUCAUGAUCUCUGAUUUCAAAGCAGAAAGAAACAUCUGGUGUUAUUUUGAACAAAGGUUAAUAUCUACCCAUCGUGCAUUCAUUUCAGGCACACACAGAUGUAGCAGCAGGUGCACCUGUCCCCAUAUAACCCCUUGUCCUCACUGAAUCAUCCAUAAUUCAUUUUAUCAUAAAUAUGUUAGAGCAAUGCAAAGAUAUGGAGCUUGAGGCGACCUCACUUGACCUGUUUGAGUUUUUGUGAAAGUCUAGAGCUAGAGCACAGCAGGAGACACAUUUUAAAUUCAUUAUUUCAUCGUGUUUGUUUGUACCUGUUACUUGUUUUUGUCUUGUUCUGUCUCUACUCAUUCAGGCUGGAUUGCAAUCUGAAAGUGUUUUUUAUUCUAAGAUUUUCUUAAACUUUUGUCAUCAUUGGUGUCCUGUAACUCGGACCAAGAAUCAUUCUUGAGUUACUUUUUCUUUGACACCUUGUUUCAUACUGUCUUGUCCCUCUCUCCUCUCCUCCUCCUCCUUCCCUACAGGUCUGGUGAUGAUUGGAGUGAUCAUUGGCUCCAGGAAGGUGGGGAUCAACCCUGACAACGUGGCCACCCCCAUUGCCGCCAGUCUGGGGGAUCUAAUAACCCUGUCCCUGCUGGCCGGGGUCAGCAGCACGCUCUAUGAAUACAGGGGUGAGAUGAUGACACAGAAAUACUGCAGGGGGGAGGGAGAGAAUUCAGACCUCAGCUGUGAUUUAUGUUGGACAUUAAUUUGGACAUUUAUCUCUUAAGCCAAGGCUUUGAUUGUAGAAAUAUUUAUUGUGAGGAAGAUUGAUUGUAAAAGAGUUUUGAUAUCCGGUGAAAUGAGAGGGAGGAUUUGAACAUCAUUUUAAGUUUGUCAAAAGUUUGACAAUCAGAACACAAGAUGGCAGCAGAAUUCAUACAUAUCAUCCCAGACAGCUCAUCACAGUGUGUGUUUGUGUGUUUGGGAACCAACACUGACUCAAAGCAUUGUGGCUCCAUGAUGUCUGCUCUUAUUUUUUAAAAUAAAACUUUUGAUCAUUCUGUUUUUUUCCCAUCUUAAAAAAUGGAUGGUCUAACCUCCCUGUGCUCCAAAUGUGGGUGCAAAGAUGUUCAAGCUUCAAACUGAAGUGACUUUAAAUUGAUCAAAGUAUGGAGCUUGUUCAAGAAAAAAUCACUGCAGUUUUUAGCUGGUCAUAAAACAGACUGGAAUAUAUAUUAAUGCCUCUGAAAGUGCUGGAAAAACAAACUAAACCAUCAGUGUAAAGGUUGACUGCUCUGAAAAUGCUGUUUUUUAAGUCUGAAACAGCUGAUGUGGAGAGGGUUUCAGGUGUAGUAUUUGACUGCCUGCUGCAUACUGAAUCUUUUAUCCACAUUUUCAUUGUCGUAGAUUUCCUUUGAGUCAUUAAUAUGUCUGUUAGAAUAAAGCGCAGUGAGGUUUAAAACUAAUACUUACCAAGGACAAAAUCAGGGAAAAGAUAUCAUGGACUGUUUUGUCCACUUGAGGCGCCAAAAAUCAACACCGACAAAAUCCUCCUCACAGGAGCUUUAAAGCUUUAAAGUUUGUAAAAUAUUUUGUUGAGAAGUCAUCAAAGAGAAGCUUUUGAGAUAGGCCAAAAUAAACCCUGAUUAAACUCCUCCUUCACGAUACCUUUAUUGAAGAGUUUUUGCAGUCCAGUUAUGGUUUAAAACAGUGGUUCUCAAGUCUGACACACCUGAUCCAAAUGAUCAGCUCGUUAUCAAGCUCUGUAAUGGCUUAAUAACGAGCUAAUCAUAUGAAUCAGGUGUGUUGGAGCAGGGAAACAUCCAAAACAUGCAGGACAGUGGGCCUCGAGGACUGGACUUGAGAACCGCUGGUCGAAAAUACGAACCUAGAAAAUAAUGCACAGCUUUCUCUGUAUCAGAUCAAUUGUUUGCUAUCACUGUAUGAAGGUGUGCUUUGGUUUAACUGUUCCUGAUAAUUAUUAUAGUCAUAGUCAUAAUUAAAGGGGACUUACUCUCUAGGGAGAAUAAUUUUUGACUCAUUUCUCCCUCUCUGUGUUUGCCUGAGAGCAUCAGAGUAAAGCUGCUGGGAUUUUACUAGUUUUCUUAAAUGAGGAGACCUCCUCUGAAAACUGCUGCCCCAUUAAAAACCUUAUAAAGCUUGAACACUUUAAGAAUCUCAAACAAGAUCAUGUUUGCAGCAGCUCGGCUCAAAGACUCUCAGCUGAGGCUGUUUUUAUUGAAGCAUCAGAUUAUAAACAAAUUCUUCUGUGCAUGUUGUUGCAUGGCAGAGUGUUGAAAAAAACAAGAGUAUCUGUUUUUAUGUCCUCACCGCACUGUGCUCAUCUCUCUCAGACGUUUGGUACCUCUCCCCCCUGGUGUGUCUGGUCUUCUUGGCCCUGAUCCCGUUGUGGGUGCUGGUGGCUCGACAGAGUCCUCAGAUAAGGGAGGUUCUGCGCUCAGGGUGGCAGCCUGUCAUCGUCGCCAUGUCCAUCAGCAGGUAAAGACUCAAAAUCUGCUCCACUUUUAAUAUUAUAUUUUCUUGUGGCACCUCAAUCAUGUUUAUAGUUAAAGUAUGUUUCAAAUUAACUCUGUGUAGUAGCUUACUCUGGAAGUAUGCCGUGUUUUGGAAAUCAUUUUGGAUAAAUGUUUUCAAUUAUUACCCAAGCAGUUUGUAAUUAAAUAAGAACUAAACCAAGUUAUCACUGCAGAUUAGUCUGGCAGGCUAAUCCAUCCAGAUUGUAAAGUGUUUAAUGAGAAAAAUCAGUCAGCACUCUGAAUUGGUAAUUAAAUCCAUGAAAACAGGAUUAGCUCUCAGCUGAAAGGUUUCUUUUUGGCACAGGCUGCAUGUGGUUCCUCUGAUUUCCUCUGUGUUUGUGAUCUCCAGUUUUGGAGGCCUUAUCCUGGACAAGACAGUGAGUGAUCCCAACUUUAAGGGCAUGGCGGUCUUCACACCUGUUAUAAACGGUAAGCAGAUAAUUAAAGCUAAAAGACGUUUUUAGCGGUUUAUUGCUCAGAGUUUUUGUGAGCAUUUAUUUGUGUCUGUAACUGCCAGACAGCCACUUCACCUCAUCCUGGUGCCUUAUGUGAAGUCUCUGCCCAAUCAGAAGCUCAGCAUUUCUGACAACUACAGACUUUGUUAAAGAUGUUGGUCAGCACUGACCUAUCAUCAUGAUUAGAAAAAUCAAAGUAAUAUCUAUAUAAAAAAAAAUAUCUUAGUAUAGUAUAAUAAAAAUAUCACAUUGUAGUAUGAAAAAAAAAAAAUAAUAAUAAUAAUGAUGAUGAUAAUGCAUCAGAUUUCAUUUAGCGCUUUAUCGGAGACCCUCAAAGCGCUUUACAUUAGAUACAUCAUUCAUUCACUCACACAGUCAUACCCUGUGUGUGUAUAGUAUGAUAAAGAUGGCAUAAUAUACUAUGAAAAAAUGUCUUUAAUAGUACGAGAAGAAUGUCAUAGUAAAGUAUGAUAAAAAAUGUCAUAUUAUGGUAUGAAAAAAAUGUCAUAGUAUUGUUUGUUAAAUAAAAUCAUAGUUAAGUAUUAUGAAAUAUCGCUGUAUUGUAUGUAAUAAUAUUAUAGUACAGUAUGCUAAAGAUGUCAGAGUAUGUUAUGAUAAAAAUAUAUCAUUUAAGUAUGUAAAACAUGUCAUGGUAUGGUUUGACAAAUAUAACAUAGUAUAGUAUAAUUAAAAUAUCAUACUAUUGUAUGAUAAAAAAGUAUUUGAAAGGUUUGAUAAUAAAAUCAAAGUACAGUGUGAUAAACCGAUCACAUUAUAUUAUGAAAAAAAAUCAUAGUUAAGUUCCCCAAAAGAUAUAGUAGUAUAGUAUGUCAAAAUAUCUUUGUUUGGUAUGUUAAAAAUGUCAUCGUACAGUAUGAUUUAAAUAUCAUGUUGUAGUAUGAAAAAAAUGUCUUUGUAUAUAAUAAUCUAUAGUAUGUUAAUUAAUUCAUAUUAUAGUACGACAAAGUAUCAUAUUAUUUCAUCAAAACAAAUCAUAGUUAAGUAUGUUAAAAGUGUGAUAGUAUAUGAUAAAAAAACGGCAUAAUAAACUAUGAAAAAAUGUCAUUAAAUAGUACGAGAGGAAUGUCAUAGUAAAGUAUGAUAAAAAAUGUCAUAUUGUGGUAUGAAAAAAAUGUCAUAGCAUAGUAUGAUAAAAAUAUCAUAGUAUUGUAUGAUCUAAAUAUCAUGGUAUACUAUGAUAAAAAUAUCAAAUUUUAGAUUUAUCAUAAUCAUCUUUGAUAAAUAUGUGAAUAUAUAUAUAUUAUCUAUAUUAUCUAGAUAAUAUAUAUUAUAUAUCUUUGAUAAAAUUAUCUUUGAUAAUAUAUUAGUUUGAACUUUUGUGCACACAGUCAUGGUACUAGAAGCUUAGGAGCAUCUUUAUCUUGGUAUAAAAACUGACCUUAAGAAAAGACAGCUCAUUUACCUAAUAGAUGGCUUUCUUGUCCCACAGCUGUUCAAAACAAACACAAUCUCUUGGAAAAUAAUAACUUGCCUUUAGACUAUUUUUUAAAAAGCUGGUAAAAAGCCGAUCCUUCAGGCUGCAGCAGUCACUGAAAAGUCCUGCAGAAUCUUUGAGGGACUGAUGUCUGAGAAAGUGUUUAACAGCGUGUGCUGGUUUUAUAAUCCAGUCAGAUAUACUGCAGAAAUCAGAUAAACCCGCACAAGGACAGACAGAUUUGAUUUUCCAGUUAAAACCUGCUCCUGAAUCAGAAUUAAAAUGACAUCAGAAGUACAGGUUGUGCUCCUUUGGUGUUUCUCCCAUGAAUACUUCCAGCAUACCAACUAAAGUAUUGACAGAAAGUCCACCUCUGAACUGAAUAAUAAUGCCUUUCACUCAGGCUGCAGUGAGUUGUGGUCUUGAGUGCAUCUCUAAAUCCCCUACAGGGUACCUGAGUUUUGUCAAAUUUAAUUCUGAGUUCCCUCCUUCCUCAUUUUUCCUUUAUCCUCCCUCUGAAACUCAUUUUCUUACUCACAAGCUAUACCGUGUGGUUGUGCAGUUUUAUGUGGUGACUCACUGGAAAAUGCACUUUUGUGUAAGUAUGCCUGGAUGACAUCAGAAAGUUACAGUAAAAGCGUUCAAGUCAUCAGAGGAGUUCAAACAUAUAGGCUGUUUCUCGUAAGAAGAGUUCAUAGGUUUUUGAGAAGUGACUCUACAUGUGAUGCAACUUUUGAUGAACUUUAAUUUUUUUUCUCUGUUUGAGCAUUUGACUUUUUAAAGAGGGUAAGAAACUCAGAGUUUAGAGCAUUUGUCACCUUGCUGGUAAAUCAUGCAAGAAGUAGGCUGAGGUUCUUAUCAACUUCCAUGAACCCUGAAGAAAUAAGCUUUGUUGCCCCCUGUUGGCCGUUAAAAAGAAUGACAGUUCUCAUUGGCUCCACUCUUUCACCAGAAAGCCACGUUUUCCUCAUAUGUGGUCCAUGCAGUAUGUUUAUUCUUGUGCAAGAGUGGGAGGAUCAAUUUUUUCAUGGUAUCAAUUCGGUCCUGGAAAGGAGUGAGGAGAUGGAGAAAACAUUGUGAUCAACAACCCAUUUGCAGCUUAAUUUGACCUUUUAGGUUUGCAUGGGGCUCUUCCCUCCAAGAGAGCAGUCCAAUGAGCUGCAAAAAAUCAGAGAAUGUAACAAUGAAUGAAAGUCUAUAGUUACUUCUGCUCAUUAAAAACAGAUUUUCUCCUCAUAAAGCUGUUGUGGAUGGUGAAAAUGCCUGGAGACACAGGAAAGUGGAGGCAAAAGAGAAGCAGCUUCAGAAUAAGUGGUUUGGCUGGGAGGAGAUGCAUGCACGGAUCCUCUGAGCAUAGGAGAGGAGUCAAUAUAAACCACUAAUAGUACACACCCAGCGUCCUGGCACAGCUGACAGCAGCUUCUAAUAACCAUCGGGGCUCACUGUCACUGUUUCUCAUUUAGUCUCUGCCCAUCUUCCUGCUGUGUCUCCAUCCCUCUUUUUUCUUGCUCUCUGUGCAACACUGUUGAAUUCCAAAUUCACAAAUCUGGUUUGAGUUUCCCAUUUUCCCUCCCUGGUUUGCAUAUAAACCACUAUUAUAGUUGACCAAAAGUCCCCUGAAGUGUUUCCCAUCUUUGAAAAGAACAUGUGUGCAGUUGUUUUGGGUACAUUCUUGGUUAGGUGUUUGAUGUAACUGAAUUAGGCACAUUUCCUUGUCAGCAGCACCCAAAUUAAAAUGGACUGGUAAGCUCUGGAGAAGUUGUUUUUUUGAAUUCAGGCGAAAAUGCUGCUUUGACAAAUGUAGAUAAAAAAUAAAGGCUCAACCCAAGAGUGAGCGAAUAUAAUCUUAUCUAAUAUCUCUCACAGUUAACCCUGGUGAGCUGAUUUGCUUUGAGGGAGGACACAUCUGGGACAGAUUGAAAAAGAUGUAAAUGACUUCUCAAGCUGAUCCAGCAUCUUGACACAAAGUCAGGCAGAAAAACGUCGUCCAUCUGAGCAGCACAUAAUGCUUUCUGCACAACCAGAGUCACAUUUCACUGUUGGAACAUUAUGGCUGCUUAAGGUCAAUCUGCUUUCCAUACGCGCGUGUCUCUUUUGUCCCUCCGUGAUAUAUCGAGUGUAGCUUUUGUUUGUGUUUUGAUUCUGACUCCAGCGGCCAGAUUUCAGCUGUUCUUCGGCCUCGGAGGCUUGUUAAUAUGGGCUGUGUCUCUGCAAACCCCUGCCUGAGUGAAUAGCUGAGCCAAGCUUGAGUCAUUAAUUUGUGUGCAGGCGAUGAAAAGAUGAAGUGAAGCUGAUUUUAAAGUUGUUUACCCUCCUUUGGCAAGGAGAGCUUUGUUUUUUAGUUGAUAAUGAUGCAAUGAUAAUGAUGAGUUCAGGACACGCAAAUUUUGUUUUUAAACACAACAAUGAGGGUUGCAAGCAGUAGAUUGAAGUUGUUGCUCUGCUGUCUUUAGAUACUAACAUGUCAAUCAGUGCUGAUGAACUCUUGUCUCUUCUUUCCUCCUGCGUAGGUGUCGGGGGGAACUUGGUGGCUAUCCAGGCCAGCAGGAUCUCCACGUACCUGCACUUUUGGAGCAUCCCCGGUGUGCUUCCCUACAAGAUGAGGCAGAACUGGCCCAAUCCCUGCAUCACCUUCUUCUCCUCAGGUAGCACAGUCAGAAGACAGGCAGAAAACAACUAUGACACAUCAGUGACAAGAUUUACAACUCUUGUAUCUGGAUUUUUGCAGAUAAAAGUCAUAAUAUAGAGGCAUAAAACAUUCACCCUCAGCUGCAUCAUCAUCAUCACCAGACAAAGAGAAAUUGAAGCUUAACUCUCAGUGGCUUCAAAAUAUCAAAUGUCAAAAAUGAAACUGACGUCACCUGUUGUGGGGUUGUGUCUGACAUGCAUGAAAAUAAAAUCAUCAGUGGAAAUGAUAAAGAUGGAUAGAGGCAAUAAGAAAAACCUGCUCAGUGUCGAGGUUUGAGUUGACUCAUAUGAUGUUGCACUCGCAUAAUUUUGCAGCAGGGUGUAAUUUGUGUGGAUGGUUGUGUGAGAAUACGUGCGCAGGCCAAUGGCAGUAAAUCAAAAAGACAUAUCCUUCAGCAGCCGACAUAUCCCUGCGGCCACUGCUGACCUGAUCUGUGGAGAGAGAGGUUAUGAAUGCACUGAAGUUACCAAGAAACCCAGGAUUUCACCCAGACUGCACGUGGCUACAAAAGUGCUGGUGUUUGUGAAUCACACUGUUAAAUUUUGGCUCAUUUGCAUAGGGCGAGGCAACUUUCCCCAUUUCCUAAGUUAAAUUUGUGUAAAGAGACGUGAAGAAGGUAAACACUUUACUAUUUCGAGGUAGUUAAUAAAGAACAAGUACCUUUGUUCACACGCACAAAUUUGGUGCCCAAAUUAGUCAUGAAGUUUGUUCAUGAAAUCACGUGGAAACAGCUGCUGAUUUCCUAAGAUUCUGGCCCCGACUGAGUUCAAGAGCUGUUCCUCCUCUCUGUUUCUCUAAGGGGUGAACUCCAAGUCAGCCCGGGUGCUCCUGAUGCUGGUUAUCCCCGGUCAUCUGGUCUUCCUUUACGCCAUCUCUCUGCUGCAGGGAGAUGAGGCUCCUAUCUCUGUCGCCUUCACCAUCUGUUACCUGUGUGCUGCGCUGUUCCAGGUAAAGUGACUCACUUCAAACACAGACUCUGAGAUCAUAAACACUGAUUAGUUUCUCAUGAACUCACCGGCCUUCACCUGGCCCAGAUGUUUCACACGACACUCUGAUUCACUCUGCAGAAACAGAAUCAUCAGAGAGUUAUGAGCGGACAGACUACCUGUUACCAAACUGUGAAAUGAUCAGCUGCCAGGUGCUGGUGUUUCAGCAGCUCACUGAGACUCAGAUUUGUUCCAGGACUGAACCAAAGGACACCACUGAGUCCUGCCACACCUAACCUUUUUGACUUUCUAAACAAACCAGCUGCUAGGAGUUAGUAAAAUCUGAAACUUGUUCAACAUGCGAUGUUUGACAGUAUUGUUUAUAUGAUUGCGCUAAAUUAGAUAGUUGGUUCUCCUGCACGGAUCAGUGACAAUCUUUCUGAUCUUUGAGGGCUAAAAUCAAAUUUUAAUGUCCUCCAGAGUCCAGGACAUCUGACGUUGUCCUAGAAUAAUCUAACUGCUCCGAAGACAUAACUCAUGUUGAGAUCGCAUGCCUGGAUCAUUACACUUCAUAACACAGCAGGAGACAGAAAAACACUCACAGAAAGCCAGAGUGAGCAGCAGAGAGUCACUCACCCGCUGGAUUGUACCGCCACUGUUCAGUAAAAUGAACUGAAGUAACCUUAAAUAUGAACAAUAAACUCUUUUCAAUGACCAGCAAGAGGAAACUGAAGUAGUUACAAAUAUUAGUGCAUAUAAAGAUGGAUGAUUCACCUUCGCUUACUCCUGCUUUAUUUGUCAACAGAGACAGGGUUAGACCACUUUUUAUUAGGAGGAAACAGCUUGAUGCACUGCGCUGCAGCCAGUCAUCAGGGGCAACUGUAAAUGUUUUGGUUUCACUUGUAGGAAGCUAUGUAUCCAUCCAUGUUUUCACAUAGUCUUUGCAAAAGAAGUUUAAUUAUGCGUGUUUAUAAAAACUAUUGCCCUCACUCUCAGAUUUAUAACCCCGGUUGACAUUUUCAAAAUGAUUUUAUAGUCACAAUCAAAAUUAUGGAGCUGUCUCUUUGCACAGUCGUGCUUAAAUGGUCCGAUGAGAGCAAAGCAGAUAAUUAACCUGAGUAUGCAUUUGGGUGUGGCUAACUGUGGAGUCUGGGUGGCAGUUUUCACACACAUAAACUCAAUCAAAAUACGGGCUGUCUCAAUCAAGUUUAUGUCCUCUUAAUUAUCCUAAAACAGCUUAAGCCUGAGUCAUCUUCUUUUAAAACCCACAUGCAUCUGGAACUUUGUUUUCUUGAGGUCCAUUUUUGGUUGUUAACAGAUUAGAGAAAAGUCCUGAGACCAAACAGUGUGUGGAUUUUAGCCUAAUUCAACAGAACAGGUUUAGAAGAUGCAAGAUGAAGAGAAAGAAGGAGGAUUUGAGCUGAAGAAUUUGUAUCAUGUUUUUAGUGGUAUCAUAGGAGUUUCUGGUCUUUGAAGGCCAUCCUCAUUUCAUUAACUGGAGGGGCGAGCAAGGGAGUUUUCCUAUUCAAAAUCAGACUGCUGGAUAUUGCUAAAAGCUCUUAUUUCUACUCACUGUAUCUGUACCCAUUGUGAUCAAAACUGAAAGAUUUUUGGUUAAUCAGAAACUUCUCCCUCCAGGUGGCCAUCCUCCUCUAUGUUGCAGACCUCAUCAUCCGAGUGAUGUGGAGACGGAGUCUGGACCCCGACAACUUCUCCAUCCCCUACCUGACCGCUCUGGGUGACCUGCUGGGCACGGGCUUUCUGGCUCUGUGCUUCCGCUGCGUCUCAUUGGUUCAGAGUCUUGGUCUCUGAGUUUUCCCGCUCAUCGUCAAACUCUUUGCCAGCCUCCGUCUUAUUGCACCAUGUUGUUACAUUUGCUCAGAGAUACUUUUGGUCGGACAAUGAGGCAUUAUCUGAUUGUUAUCUCUGGGCAAGUUCAUACAGAGGAAUCUGUUACACCUUCGAAUUCUUUACCGGGAUGGAAAGACACCUGACUACCUGACACGUCUAUCUGGAUGAGGUAUUUGCUCUGGGAACACCUCAAACUAAUGUCAUCCUUUUAUUUGAGGGCAAAAAGCUUUUUAGUAUUAACUGGUUUUCACAACAUCUCCCGUGGUGUGUUCAACUUUAUUUUGUUACCAUUCCUCUUUACAGCUCUCUAUCAGUCUUCCUGCACUUCAUAUGAGCUGGCUGGCUCUGAGCUUAACUCAUCUCACCCGUCAGCUCUUUAAUUUCAUCAGAAAAUGUAGCAGCUGUACAACCAAGAAAAAAAGACAAUGAUGACAACAACAAAAAAAGAAACUGUCACUUAAAGCAGUCCAUGUGAGAGUGGGAUGUUCUAUGCAGUCAGACUAGAGGCUGUUGAAGGAAGGUAACUUGUAUUUUUUUGUGUUUCUAACGUGCAGACCCUCGACUUUUGAAACAGAGGAUUUAUCUGGAAAAAGGAGUGAGUGGAACAGAUUAUCUGUUCAUUAGAAAUCAGGUUUCAUACGUGCUACACACAGGGGAAUGUCAUCUCAUGAAAAACUUGAAUCUUCAUAAAUUUCAUGCAGUGAACUUUCAUAUCUAUUUCAUAACAUAGUCUGUAAAGUGAUUUGGGAGAACCUUUAACCCAAGAACAGGUACUUCAGACAGGGACUCCUGCACAAGUACCAUUUCAAAGAGGAGGAACAGUUAUUCCUGGAAUGGGCUGGAGGUUUUGAUAUUACAACAAGAGUUGUUAUGGUGGAGUAGGAUCGAAUAAGAUAAUGCCGAGGUCAGACUUCAUUAUCAUGUCAAAUUUGGCAAUCAUAGAACCCUCAAAUCAGGCCAGAACUUGACUGUCAGACUACAGGAUGAUACAAGUCCAAUCAGCCUGGCCAUCGGGGCUAGAUGACAUCUCAACUGCGUCAUCAACAAUGUUGUCUUUACACUGUUUCGGGUCUGUUGUGGUUGAUGACAUAUCACACAGGCAGGGAUGUUGUUGCCAGAGCUUGACAAGCUUCUACUCUGUCUCAUAGUUCAGGAAAGGAUUGCCUUUCUUUCAUCACCAUGUGGUCUGGUUAUUUUAGUGCUGUGCUCUCAUUGGUCAAUAUUUAGGGCUGUAUUUAAAAUGAAGUAAUGGAGUUUGACCUCGGCAUUCAGUAGGGUUAUAUGGUGGGGUUGAAUAGGGGAGGGUACGAUACACAUAGGUUGGGGAGGGUAGGGUAGGAUAGGGAGACAGAGUGUGGUACAGUUUAUUAGGCUUGGGUAGGAUAUGGUGUAGUAGGGUUAGGUAAAACAGGGUAGAGUGUUGUGGUUAGCACAGGGUUUAGAGGUAGGGUACCCACCAGCAGGUUAUAAAUAACAUUUGCAUUAAGACUACUGAUGUUAAUCUACCUUCUGAAUUUACACAGAAUGAAACAUUUGUUCUGACUAAUCACAGGAGUUUUUAAAAUCUCAAAGAAACUGUUUGACAUUCAGGAAAUGUAGCAGUUCUGUCAUCUAACUUUUGACAAGGUAAACAUACAUAUUUUCUUAAAAUUCAAAUGUCUUUGAGGUACAAAGGAUUUUCAGUGUUCGCACAAAUCUUUUGUUGAGCUCAUCCAUGCAACAGGAGCUCUUCUUCUUUCUCUAAACUUAUUCCACUCUACUGUAAAAAUCAUUUGAAAAAGUCUCCAAAAUACCAAACAGGUGAAUGUAAUUUAUUUAUGUUGUGCAACUACAGCUUAGCCCCAUGAUCCAUCAUAUAAACUCCAGAUCUACCGAUAUGCAGACGAUUUGUUACUUUAUGUUGCAAUGAGUGGACAGUUUUAUCGGCAAGGCACGUGCAAACAAAACAUUGUUAAUAUGAAUAAGAGUGAUUUUAUUCUAGAUUCUACAUCAUACUUAAUAUAGUUUUUAAGGUCCAAACACUAAAGAGAUUGUGUGCCAAAGCACUGUGUGAACACCUCUCACUAUAUCUGUAGCAGACACUAAACCGAGAGAGAAAAUGCUGCAGUUUAGUCUUUAUUUGUGCUGCAAAAACAAAACAAACCGAAAACAGAAGAUUCCCGUGCAUGUGUCUUUCACCCCUGACCCCUUAUUUAUGUUCUGACAUUAACUUUGCAGCUGCAGAUACUUGGAUAUUCUCUCACUACUUGAUAUUUACAGUCCCUUUAAUGAAGGGGUGUCAAAGCCUUACUGUUUGUCUCAAAACCAUCAAACCUCAUCAGAAUGUCUUCGGACUUAUGUUUCCCCCUCAGUUUCUAACUCUUUCCCUAUUUGACUUUGUGUCUCAGCAAACCCAGAAAGAUGUAAGAUACCCUUCAGUUUUUACUCAAGUGAAGAUGUUUGCACCAUAGAGGAAAAACCUGUCCAACGAACAGUCCAAACAUAUUUCACAGAAAAGUCAUGUCUUUGCAUUCUUAUAUCUGAAUAUUCACUGUUCCCGUUUACAGGGAGUUACAAAAGAGUGUUUGACUUUCAUGAGUAAAAUAAAAAUAAAAAACCUUUAACUGCAUUAAAGGUGGUAUUUCAUCUACAGAGGACAUCUGAAGCACACUGGCUAUAUCUCUGUCUUUGCUGUUAAUCUUGAUGUCCUAAAGAUCACAACACAAUUUCAAAAGAACUGAAAACAAAUGUGUGUUGAUGCACUCAUGAAGUCACAAGGUACAUUUCUGCUGUUUGCUAAAACUAGUAAGAUCUAUUUUUUGAAGGAAAAAAUAAACUAACUAAUAGACACUGAAAUGUAAGGGUUUUCAAACCAGCCAGUCUUGUGGGUAAAUGAUCUUUUAUUUGAGGUAUUUCAGUGUUGAUAGUGCUUUGCUAAAAGCUUUUAUUGUGACACUGUUACACAGUACUUUUUACACUAGAAGGUGAUGAAAUAUUGAACUAACUGAAUCACAGUUUAUGUCACUCUGUCUUACUGUAUGUGAUCCGUGUGUAAACUGUGAUACUGUGAGAACUAGACCACAGCUAAGGUUGUGUUUUACCAGCACAUCAGUGUGUCUUAAUCUGAGGGGCUGGACGAUUUACCAUCAUAUUUUAACAUCAUUAUACACCCUCACAAUUACAUAGACAACAAUGAAUGUAAUGACCACUAAUUUUACAUCCAUGGUUACAUUGGUUGUGUUUGCUCACUGGAAAAAGCUCAAAUCUUAGCAGGUGUUUUAGUCGUAUUUCUGGUAAAAAUGUCUCAUUGGAUUAAUUUAAGCCAAAUGCAUUCAUUAAGUUCAGGAAAAGGUCCCCAUUAAAUGUGUUACAUGCCUGAAAUAAGUCUUGAUUUGCUCGUAAUGAGUAUAAAUAAUCUUCUAAUCAGUUAAGAGAAAAUAAGGUCACAGUUUUUGAAAUGAGAGUUUAAGAUUGAUACUGGUUUGAGUCUAGAAAUUGAUCAUCUUUUGUCAUCAUCGACUGUGUUAUAAUGAAACAAAAUAUACAAAUUUAACCUUCAAACACAUGAUCAAUGAGAAGUGUGUCAUGUGGUCCACUAUUUGAGUGUUUUAAGGGAAGAUCACUUGAAAAAAUAUUGGAAAAUGUUGAUUUUUUUUUCCCUUGAAGUACUAGAUCACAUGAGAGCUGAAGCGUGACAGGAAUAUUGUAAAAACCUACUCACAAAGGCCGAGCGCACACACAAGGAUGCUACAGUUCAAGCAGUCUGACUUUUUUAAAGGCAUGUUUCCUUAAAAAGUGAAACUCAGAACUUUGGCUUCUAGUGUUCAAAUUUCACUCCCUGCCCAGAAGUCACAGCUGUCAUCAUGAAUCUAUUGUUACCUCUCUUUUUGGUCCAGCGGGACAAUUGGUUGCUUGUUUUAAAUUUCUUUUUAUGUACGUCUCAAAAAAAAAAUGUUUCAGAGUAGUGAUGAGUCAGACUUAGACAAAGACAGGCUAGUUUUUUCCUACUGUAAUCAGUUUUCAUGUUUAGCCCUCAUCGGUUGAGUGAAUGUUGAUGUUUUUUAAAAUGUCAAACCAUCUCUGAUAUUUUGGUCAACCGUCCAGCCCUUUUUAAACACUUAGUAUGUACAGGAGCUGAAUAUACCUGUUGGCAAACUUGCACUGUUGUUUUAAUAGUAGCUUAAGGUUGCCUUGAUAAUACCGUUAAUGUCAAAUGUGUCUUAUAUUCAUCUACAACCUGAAAAAAGCAGCAGCUUUAUUGAAAUGUUGCUUCAGUCUUUGUUUUUGUUCUGUAAGCGAAGUGUGGAGUACUUCAGUGUUGACACUGCCACAUUCAGACUCUACAGAAGCCCUCGGUCUCUGAUCUCUCUGUGCUCACUGUCACCAUGCUCUCUCACCUUCACUAUGUGACCUUCUUCUGUCUGUGCAAAGAUCAAGUGGGGAAUCAAAAGUAUGACUAAUGUUUGGUGAAUGUUCCAUGUGAUUUUGUGGCUAUGAAGUUAUAUUUUAAUAAAAACCAACAGUGUGAGGAAA